AUGGACGUGAUCGAGUUGUUCCAGGUUUGGAUCGUUCCCUCUGUUUACGCCAUCACGGUGGUUCUGGGCGUCCCACUGAAUGCCCUCGCUCUGUGGGUGCUCAUCCGAAAGAAGAAGUCGUCCAUGUCCAUCUACAUGCUCAAUCUGGCCGCGGGGGACUUGCUUUUCCUGCUCUUUCUACCACUGAAAAUUGACUAUCACUUCAAUGGAAACAGAUGGAUCCUUUCAAGUUUCAUGUGUAUUUUACACAUAAUGUUAUUCUUUUCCAACUUUUAUGCGAACCUAUUGUUGCUUUGCGCAAUAAGCAUGGACCGCUAUGUUGCUAUCGUGUACCCGCUAAGAGUGUCUCGCUGGCGCGAACCCCAAACGGCGUGGCUCAUUUGUCUAUUGUGCUGGGUCCUUAGCAUCACCCACACCUUGCCCGCUAACCACAUUAGCAGCUUUCUCAGCGAAGAGAACAUUACAACAAAUAGUACCACAUUGGUGUUUGUCAGAUGCUAUGAAAAAUUCACUCCAGAAGAUCUGACAUUCUUGGCAGCAUACAGGCUGUAUGUAUUCUUUGCCCUCUACCUCAUGUCCCUGACUAUAGCGAUGUUUUGUUAUGGAAAUGUCGUGAAAACCCUCAUUGUGACGAAAGGGCAGACAGAACUGAUAAGUCAAGCAAAAAAGAUACGUGCUGCCAAGACUACCGCAGUGAGCUUAUUGAUUUACGUCGUGUGCUUCAUCCCGUAUAACUCAACGCACGUUAUAGGUUUCAUACAAACAAGAACAAGCGCCUUUUCUUGGCACAGCAUCGCAAUACUGAGAGACGUCACCAUGUGUCUAAGUGUGAUCAACAGCCUCCUAGAUCCACUGAUCAUCUACACCGGAUCAUCCACAUUUCGAAACUCGCUCAAAAGAGUUUUAAAAUGUGGACGUACCAACAGGCAAGUGUUUUCCAUGGGCGAAUAGUUUUUCUUUACCGGCAUGAUGAUGUCUCCAUGGCCGAGUGGAUAUCUUUCUUGGCAGAUUAAAUGAGUGCCUGUCUGUCUAU